AUGGGCAACGAGGAAGGCGACUCGAGCGGCGACGAGCUCGUCGAGGUCGACGCGCUCGAAGAGUCCGACGACGACUUCGCGUACGAGGAGAUCGACAUCGACGAAGAUGACCCGCUCCUGCUGGCGGAGGAGGACGACUUCGACUCGGCGCUCAGGUCGCUGGCGGGUCUGGGCGGGAGCCUGGUCGGCGCCAAGGACACCGGCCCGCCGGACGUCGCUCCGGGAGAGGUUGUCAAGAAGCCGGAGGUGAUGGACGACUUCGUCCGCAACUUCCUGGUCAAGAUGGGCAUGACGUCGACGCUGGAGAAGUUCGAGGCCGAGUGGUACGAGCUGGAGGCAACCGGCAGGCUCAACAUGGAGGGCAUGCCCCAGGUCCCCGACGUCUACAACACGAACCAGGAGCUAAACGGCACGGUGAUGUCGCUCAAGCGCGAGCUCCAGAACGCCAAGCAGGUGGCGCACAAGGCCCAGUCCACGUGGGACAAGUUUCGUAAGGAGCGCGACUUCCACAGGCUGCACCACAAGCGCAUCGGGCAGGAGAAGAACAAGCUCCUCGACGACAUCAAGAAGCUCCGCAAGCACUACGCUCAGUACGAACCGACCAUCAAGGAGCUCAAGCGAAAGUACGAGCUAGCGAUGAAGGAGAAGAUGCUGGUGCGGAUAGAUCGCGAUCGCAUGGCGGACAAGCUCGAGCAGUUCGAAAUCGAGCAAGAGAAGAAGGAGAAGGAGGCGAAGAAGGCUGAGCGGGCCCGGCAGAAAGCCGCAGAGAAGGCUGAGAGCGCUCGAAAGAAGAAGGAGGAGGAGGCUGCGGCGAUCCAAGCCGCGGCCAAGGCUGGCGGCGCCGCGGCCAAAGCCGCGCAGCAGGCGGCAGCCUCUCCGGGGGUUCAGAUGGCGCCGAAGGGACGGGUGUUCGAGGAGGAGAAGCCCGAGCCCUGCCCGGUGGAGAACUUCAACCUGAACAAGACGUUCAAGGGGCACCAGAUGUCGGUGUCCAACCUCGCGCUUCACCCGCGAAAGGCCAUCAUCGCGACGGCGUCUGACGACGCCACGUGGAAGAUGUGGGACAUUCCCUCGGGGGAUCUCAUCAUGAGCGGCGACGGACACAGGGACUGGGUCGCGGGCGUGGACUUCCACCCCGCCGGUACGCACCUCGCGUCGGCGUCGGGCGAUUGCACCGUGAAGGUUUGGGACUUUGCGCAGAAGCGAUGCACGAUUACGUUUGCGGAGCACACGCAGGCUGUGUGGAACGCGGCUUUCCACGAGUCCGGGGACUACAUCGCGUCGUGCUCGCUGGAUCACAGCGUGCGUUUGUGGGACCUGACUUCCGCCAAGUGCAGGCUGGCGUUCCGCGGGCACGUGGACAGCGUCAACGAGGUGUGCUGGCAACCCACCACGAACAACUUCGCCACCGGCUCCUCGGACAAGACGGUUUCCCUCUGGGACAUGCGGUCGGGCCUGUGCGCUCAGACGCUUUACGGGCAUCUCAACAGCGUGAACCACCUGUGCUUCAGCACCGACGGCGACGUCAUCGUCUCCUGCGACGCUGACGGCAUGGUAAAGCUCUGGGACGUUCGCAUGGUUGCGGAGAUUCUCUCGGUGGACUGCGGGCCGCACCCGGCGAAUAAGGUUGCUUUCGACAGGGCGUCUGAGACGGUUGCGGUGGCGAGCGACGACGGGACGGUGAAGUGCUUCAACGCGGCGGACGGGGACAUGGUGGCUGAGCUGAGGGGGCACGAGGAUGCCGUGCAGGGGGUGCUCUUCGACCCCUACGGAAAGUACGUCAUCUCGUGCGGUUCGGACGCCACCUUCAGGCUCUGGGCGUGACGAGUGAACUGGCAACAAAUCAUCUCGAAGGAUCAAUUCGCCUCGGUU